AUGUCACCUAGCCCAGGGGGGGUGACUUCCACGCCUACACCCUCACCGACCUGGGAGGACGGGCGCUCGUUGUUGGCGCUGAAAGGGGCGAGGCGAUCAUCGCCCGCGCGCUCGUGCGACGACGAUCAGCGCAACGACCACGGCGGCCAGAGCCCGGCUACUCUACGGCGCACGACACCUCAACAGCACCCAGCUCUGAGCAAUGGCGAAUCAUCCGUGGGAAAUGGAGCCACUCUGAGCUCAACUAUCGGAACGGAUCGAGCUCUAAUUGAAGUGAACGUCGAACCGAUCGAUCAUCACGUGCCCUCGCCGCCACCGCCUCCGCCCCACCUCGCCGUCGGCGUUCACGGCCACAGCCAUGGCGGCGGCGGCGAAGAUGACGAUGGUGAUCAGGUUCGGAAAACACGAACCAGCGACACGGCUAGUAUAUCAUCAGCACCGGUCAUGACCACUCUGUCUGCCGAGGCUCGCCCGUCGCCUAGCCUUCUCGGCACCGAAACCCACCACGAGGGUGCUACCUUCACCGGAUCAAGACGAGGGCACACGCUGCCAUUGCCACCUCCAAGGACCACCGAAGCACCUGUACACCACCGUAGAGCCGAUACAGUGCCCAUCUUAUCGCAAGCUCCUCCGGGCCCUCUACCGUCCCAUUCGCGCGGAACACGACCCCCGCUCGACACUCUAGGAUCAACCGGGGCCUCCUCGAUCGAUCGUCACGCUCAUGCUCCUAUCGCAUCAACGUCCUUGACGAAUAUGGAUAGGCGAGAGUCAAGGAGAGCAUCGCUGUUGGAGCCUGCUUUCUACUCGACCUCUUCGGCGAGCAGUCCUUCGCUCGACGACUCCGCCGCUGCCCACCCGUCUGCCAAUGGUGUCGCGACGACCUCGUUCGGCAGGGCCACCAUUGGAAAGCGGACCACUGAAGCGGAUCUCAGUCGUCCAUCGUCAGCGGGGAGCGCCUUUGACAACCCCAGCCCCCGCCACAGGAACGACAAGAAGGGCAAAAGUCGUAUGAAGAGCGACGACCCGCUCCAGUACUCGGGGUGGGGCUCGCAGUUCGAAAGUGCCGACGACCCUCUGGAUCCUCUCAGUCAAAUGUUCAGAACCUCCAGGUCAAGGGAGCCGUCCUCGAACGUCAGCCUGGCGACAUCGAGAACAACGGAGACCGCGACCACCGCAGCGACAACGAUGACCUCAGCUAGUUUGGAUCCAUCGGUCCAAGCUCUACUGGAUGCGAUUGACCUGGGUGCGGCCCGGAGACUGGUUCAAGAUCUUGAAGCCCAGCUUCCCGUACGGACGUCGACAAUGGGGCGUUCUUUGCCGCCAGCCUCGAGUGCCGUGACGGCUUCGACGAGUGUCAAAUUCGCGACAGUGCCAAGUUCUUCGCCUCCUAUCGCGCCGCCCGCACUGGUCAUUCACCCUCCAGCGAAAGGCACGACGCGCCGCCUGUCUUUGUCUGCGCCUAGAAGACCAUCUCUCCACGGGCUCGACUCAAUGGGCAAAGAUAGCCCACGGCGCAGAUCGUUUAGCGUCGGGAAAGGUUUCGGCAGACAACCGUCAACAGGUUUGCCCACCUCGACCUCGGGGAUCAUCGCACCGAACCUGGCAACACCACCGGCGACUCCACAGGAAUCGAACUUCGCGGUCGCCGCUGGAAACAAUGUGGAACAGAGAACUAUCGACGAGCGAGUCGCGAUGGGUGCAAGUGGGCGUAUUUUCGAAGGUUAGUUAGUUCCUUUUGUCUGGCCAGGCCCAUGACCCGCGCUCGUCCGAGCUGAGCUUUUCAUGUCUUUGUUGUAAAUGCUUUCCAGACCAAAUAUCCAAGGUUCAACUCCAGCUUUCUCCGGCGACCCAUCGCAGGGCACAGAACUGCGUCAAGUAUUUGUCGCUGCGUUACAGACCUCUGGGCGCUCAACAUCCGCUGGCCGACGACCCGCCGCUUCCAAAUCUGCUAGCAGUGUCUAGAUGGAGGUUGGCGAAGCAACAGAUCGAGAGCUCGCAAAGCGUCGACGGUUCGGUCGAUGGGCGCAGGUACAGGGGCUCGAGCGGUGCGUUUAUCGAUACCUCGAAGAAGGUCCCUCCCUAUGGAAAGAGGCGGAACGAGAAACCUGGUGUUUGGGAAGUGUACCCCGACGACAUCCUCGACUACAUCAAGGCCGGAGGGAAGCUCGAGGAUCCCGCAAAGGUGGAUCCUGAAGAGCGUUCGAAUCGAGUGUCGAUAUCGAUGCCGCCAAACUCCCUGCAUUCGCGAAGCUUGGAACGGCAAUCCAUGUCAUUACCAUUCCCUGGCCCGUCGGAAAGAACACGAUUAUUCACUCCGGAUCAGGGAGGAUCGCUCACGUCUAUGAAUCGACCCUCUCUAUCGAGGGUCAGAGAAGAUUCGUACGAUUCUGUUCGACAUGCCAAAGUGCGUUCGAUCGACAGGUUCCUCGGCUUCGGUACCCCGAGCGACCCUAUCAUUGCGGGCUCAAGUGUGUUGCCGGUUUCGCCGCCUCGCACCCAUCCGGGUCGAUUCGCUGGUUCACUCAAAGACGAUUUCACCCCGGGAGAUGACGAGGAUCAUACGAUGAUGGAAACACAUGAAGCAUUGAAUGGAAAUCGGAACGCCAACUCGUACCCGUCACCGCAUCGAUCCAGGUUGACGUCCAGCAUUACGCGGCGGUUCGAAAAGAUGCGCGGACGAGGUCAUGCCCCUUCCUCGUCGAUGAAUGGAUUGGAUUGGGAGUCUAGCGAUGGUGGCUUUGGCCCCCUCCAGCCCCCUCAUCGGAAAGGGUACUACUCGGCCGACCCCUCGCUUCCUGGCACGCCCGAAGGGUCCGAUCAUGACCUCGGGCUUUCGACGAGCGCUGGCGCACCAAUGAGCUCGAAGCGAAGUCUUCUUCCCUUGGCAAACCUGAACCUGUCGAAUUCGACCUGGAAGAAGGGCACGGCUUCACUGCGCCGAAAUCGAGAUCGGGAUGGGGAGCGGAGAGGGAAGGAACCUUUUCCCCCACUGUUCCAGUCUCAGAGUCGUCUCAGGUCGAAUGGGACCGAUUCGGGACAUCGUUCUUCGGGUGGCGACGACUCGAAGGCAGCCUGGAAGAAGGAUAGCCCCUUGUCUCGUUCGAGAAUUGCCAGUGACGGACUUCGGCUCUAUUCGUCCACGUCCGGACUCAACCUCCUGGACGACGAACGGAGGAGACGAAAAAUAUUCGAAAGUUAUAGCGAGGACGAUAUGGAGGUACUCAGGAAUGACUCGAAAGAGGUCCUUGAUGUUUCCGAGGAGCGAUUCGCACAGCUGAUGCAGUAAGUGGACCGAUAUGCCUGUGUAAUCCGCUAGACUAGUAUCUGAUGGGUUUUUUCUAUCAUUCUACUCAGAUUGACCAAAGCCGCUUACUCCGAUCUGGACCAAAUCGAGUCAUUCAUUUCCACGGUCCCUCUGACCAUCAAGAUCAACUUGGACGGUUUGGUGCGCCUUUCGUCGCAGACGCUGAAGAAGACGGGGAUUCAAAUCACCGCUCAGGCCCCUCGACUGCCGGCUUCUGUCAUCCAAUCAAUCGUUCGACUGGAUUCAAUCGAAGUCGAGCGUGGCCAGGAUCUGACCAGCGUCAAAGUUGAAGGGCGACCGUCGACUUGUGAACCUCUGCACGGUAUCAAGGACGGCCGUCCUUCUCACGUCAGAUUCGCUUCGACUGGGUCGACAGACUCGUCCGAGUCGGACUCGGACUCGGAAACAACUUCGUCUUCAUCAGAUGACGCAGGUAACCGUUCCGACGACGAGAGGGAGCUCGAUACCGUUUCCACCCUGCCGCGCCGUCGAAAGUCGUCUUUGCCGCCUAAUCCCUCGGCCCCAUCACUUCCCCCUCGAGCUGCGACGGACAUCGUUAUCGCUCCGUUCGACCCUCUUUCUCGCAUCGGCCGAAGGCGCACUCGAUCCGCGACCCUCGCUGUUCCUUCCUCCAGAACCCGCGUGCACCCUACUUUCGACCCUCUUAUCGAUCUGCAAACGCCUGUCGACCCUAUCAAGUCGCUCGAACUGGCUCUGCAAAAGUUUGAGAAGACUUUCAAGAUAAUGGACGAUGCGGCUGAGAAUGCCCUGGAGGAGCAAAGGUUGCUGAACGUAGAGAUUGAGGAGUUGGUGCUCGAGUCGCGCCAAGUGAUGAAGGAUUAUGAUUCAGCGGACCACCGAUUUGUAGGUGCCCUGCUCUUGAUUUCACACCGGCUGCCUACUAUGAAUACAUCAGCUGAUCGCACAGUGAACCAAUCUUCCUCUAGAUCCAACCACUACAAGAGCAAGUCAAUCGAGUGCUGCAGUUACUGGACAAACCUUCUUCGUCCUACGAUGGUCUUUGGAUCGCGCUGUCGAUCGCGGUCGGCGUCUUACUCUGGCUUGCUCGUUUCGUGGCGAUCGUGAUCAACUGCGUUCGCUCGGUCGUCAAAUACCCCUUUCUAAAGGUUCGCCGCGUCGUCUCCCCGGCACCCUAG